UUUCACAUCUCCGAGAUCCUGCCUGGCUUUCUCUACCUGGGCCCCGACAUCGGCACGCCCUCCGAAGCCGAGCAUCUUUCGCGCCUCGGCGUGCGCCGCGUGCUCAACUGCGCCGCCGAGAUUGAGGAGGGCGGCGGCAAGCACCUGAACCUGCACCGCGGCGCGUUUGGCAUUGCCAAGUACCGCAAGCUGCCGAUCUGGGACCACGUCGAGGCGCGCGGCGUGCAGCGCUACGUGGAAGAGGCAUGUGCCUUCCUCGACGAUGCGCGGCUGCACUCGUCGCCGACCUACGUGCACUGCAAGGCGGGCAAGUCGCGCAGCGUGCUCAUCGUCAUGGCCUACCUCAUCCACCACCUGCACUGGCCGCUGCGCCGCUCCUACGCCCACGUCGUCGAGCGCCGCCGCGACGUGAGCCCCAACAUUGGCUUCGUCGCCGAGCUGAUGCGCUUCGAGGAGAAGUGCCUUGGACACGGCAAGACGCGCGGC